UUCUCAUUCGUUUUCGUUUCAUCAACUCUCGCUUUGCUUUUUUACACAAUUCUCCAACAGAAACCCAACACCCUAUAAAUUGAGAAACAAAAAUGCAGAAGAUGAAGCAGGAUUCCAUGGAGUACCAAAGAGGGUCUAAUAUGCAACCAAGGAAAGGCUGCCGAGUGAUACUCUUUCCAAUGCCUUUGCAAGGUCACAUAACUCCCAUGCUUCAGCUGGCAAACAUUCUCUAUGACAAAGGCCUUUCAAUCACCAUAAUUCACACCAACUUGAAUUCUCCAAAUGCUUCAAACUACCCUCAUUUCAAUUUUUACUCUAUCCCAGAUGGCUUGUCGGAAGAUGAAGCCUCCACCUCGGAUUACGUAGCUUUUAUGACACUUCUCAAUGUCAAGUGUGUGGAGCCAUUUCAGGAGUGCUUGGCUAAGUUGCUGUCAAAUGUUGAGGAGGAGCCUGUUGCCUGCUUAAUCACAGAUGCGAUGUUGCAUUUCACCCAAGGUGUUGCUGAUAGCCUCAAGCUUCCAAGGAUCGUGUUAAGAACAAGUAGUAUUGCUUCUUUUCUUGUUUUUGCCGCCAUUCCAGGACUUCUACGGGAGAGGGGUUACUACCCCAUUCAAGACCUUCAAUCGGAAGCACCAGUGCCAGAGUUUCCACCACUGAGAGUCAAAGACCUUCCUGAGACUAAAACAACUGAUGAUGAGACACGUAAUCAGUUGUUAUCACGCUUGGCUAGUCAGACCAAGGCCUCCGCAGGAUUGAUAUGGAACUCCUGUCAGGAGCUUGAACAAGAUGCAAUCACAGCAUUACAACAGGAAUUUCGCAUCCCAAUAUUCACAAUAGGCCCAUUCCACAAGUACUUUCCAGCUUAUUCAAGCAGUUUACUAUCCCAAGAUCAGAGCUGCAUUUCCUGGUUAGACAAACAAGCACCUAAAUCAGUAAUUUAUGUAAGCUUUGGAAGCAUUGUUGCCAUUAAUGAAGCUGAAUUUUUGGAGAUAGCGUGGGGACUAGCCAAUAGUGGGGUGCCUUUCUUGUGGGUUGUUCGACCAGGAUCUGUCCAUGGAGCAGAAUGGCUUGAAGCAUUGCCAAAAGGGUUCCUUGAAAUGCUAGAUGGAAGAGGACAUAUAGUGAAAUGGGCUCCCCAGCAAGAAUUGCUUGCUCAUCCUGCCACAGGAGGUUUCUGGACACACAAUGGUUGGAAUUCUACUUUGGAAAGUAUAUGUGAAGGGGUCCCCAUGAUUUGCCACCCUAGUUUUGGUGAUCAACCGGUGAUUGCAAGUUAUGUUAGUUAUGUUUGGAAGGUUGGGUUGCAUUUAGAGAAGAAGCUGGAGAGGGGGGAGAUAGAAAGAGCAAUUAAAAAGUUAAUCCUGGAAGCUGAGGGCCUGGAAAUGAGAAAGAGAAUUAUGGAUUUAAAGGAAAAAGUGGAUCUUUCUCUAAAAGGAGGUUCUGCAUAUAAGUCUCUAGAGAGCUUUAUUGGUUACAUUCAAUCGUUCUAGUUUUUCCAAUCUCCUCUUAAAAGAUUCUCCAAGUUUUUCAGUGUUUAGUGUGCCAAAGUGAUGUACAAUAUAUCCGAAUUAAUGUUUA